CCGCUCCCAGCUGUUUGACCCCCUGUGCGGUCUGAAGCUGCAGCCUUCGCCCGGGGAGGGAGCAGCAGGGAGCCGACUUCUCCCCAGCGCGGGCAGCGGGCGGCGCCGAGGGCUCGGGGCGCUCAGCGGAGCCGAGGGCAGCUCCAGCUUCCCCCUGUCACAGGCGUGGCCGCAGCGCCGCUGCUCCCUGCCCCCGCGUGACGACUGAGCGCCGCUGCCGGGGCGGCCGCUCUGCGGAGAAGUUUCCCCAACUCCUGCCCCGCAGCCGGGCUCGGGCUGAGCCCCCCCCGCACCUGCUUGGGAGCCCCCCGCUCCCGCCGCCGUCACCCUCCCGGGGCCAGAGGCAGGCGGCAGCGCCCCCAUGUAGCGCGGGGCGGCGGGCGGGCGCCAUGGAGGGCAGCGGGGGCGCCGCGGCGGAGCAGCAGCAGCAGCAUUUCCUCAGCGGGGAAGCGGAGCAGCAGCCCGGGGCCGAGGCGGGCGCGGAGGCGGCGGGGCCGGGAGCGGAGGGCGGCGUCCCCGCCCCGCGGCAGCGCUCCCUGCGGGCCGUGUAUGUGCUGAACGACAGCCCGAAAGCCGGGGCCGGGGCGCGGAGCCCGGAGGCCGGGGCGCUGCAGUGCCUGGUGCGAGCCUGCGAGGCGCAGGGAGCCCAGCUCACCACGGUCAACUUCGGGGAGCUGGACUUUGGGGAGACGGCGGUGCUGGACGCCUUCUACGACGCAGAUGUUGCAGUAGUGGAUAUGAGUGAUGUUUCCAGACAGCCAUCACUCUUUUACCACCUUGGAGUGCGUGAAAGCUUUGACAUGGCCAAUAAUGUUAUACUCUACCAUGAUACCGAUGCUGACACUGCGCUGUCACUUAAGGACAUGGUAUCUCAGAAAAACACAGCUUCCAGUGGGAAUUACUAUUUUAUUCCAUACAUUGUAACACCUGGUGCUGAUUAUUUUUGCUGUGAAAGUGAUGCCUUGCGAAGGGCCUCUGAGUACAUGCAGCCUAACUGGGACAACAUCCUGGGACCGCUCUGUGUUCCACUGAUGGACAGGUUUAUCUGUCUUCUGAAGGACAUUCACGUUACAUCAUGUGCAUAUUGCAAGGAAACACUGUUGAAUGAUAUUAGAAAAGCUAGAGACAAGUAUCAAGGAGAUGAACUAGCAAAGGAGCUGGCCAGGAUUAAGCUCCGUAUGGAUAAUACAGAAGUCCUGACUUCUGACAUUGUCAUAAACCUGCUUCUUUCUUAUCGAGAUAUCCAGGACUAUAAUGCUAUGGUGAAGCUGGUGGAAACACUGGAAAUGCUGCCUACCUGCGAUCUGGCUGAUCAGCACAACAUUAAAUUUCAUUAUGCAUUUGCAUUGAAUCGAAGGAACAAUACCGGCGACAGAGGGAAGGCAUUACAAGUGAUGCUUCAAGUCCUGCAGACGUGUGAUCACCCUGCUCCAGAUAUGUUCUGCCUGUGUGGGAGAAUCUACAAGGACAUAUUCCUUGAUUCUGACUGUAAAGAUACCAGUAGCCGAGACAUUGCCAUUGAAUGGUACCGCAAAGGAUUUGAGCUCCAGUCAAGUCUGUAUUCUGGAAUUAACCUUGCAGUUUUGCUGAUUGUGGCAGGACAGCAGUUUGAAACCUCUAUGGAACUAAGAAAAAUAGGUGUGCGGCUGAACAGUUUGUUGGGAAGAAAGGGAAGCUUGGAAAAAAUGAAUAAUUACUGGGAUGUGGGACAGUUUUUCAGUGUGAGCAUGCUGGCCAGUGACAUUGGUAAGGCAGUGCAAGCAGCGGAGAAACUGUUUAAACUGAAGCCUCCAGUUUGGUACUUGAGGUCAUUAGUCCAGAACCUGUUGUUAAUUCAGCGUUUCAAGAAACUCACCAUCGAGCAUUCUCCCAGACAAGAGAGACUGAACUUCUGGUUAGAUAUCAUUUUUGAGGCAACGAAAGAAACCACUAAUGGACUGAGAUUUCCAGUUUUAGUGAUCGAACCAACUAAGGUCUACCAGCCUGCAUACGUGUCAAUCAACAAUGAAGCAGAAGAGAGAACUGUCUCUCUGUGGCAUGUCUCGCCUACUGAAGUGAAACAGAUUCAUGAAUGGAAUUUUACAGCUUCCUCCAUUAGGGGAAUAAGCAUAUCCAAGUUUGACGAACGAUGUUGUUUUCUUUAUGUCCAUGACAACUCUGAUGAUUUUCAAAUCUACUUUUCCACAGAAGACCAGUGUAGUAGAUUCUGUGGCUUGGUUAAGGAGAUUUUGACUGAUGCUGUGGGCAGUGCUUUGGAAUUAGAAGGAGAGAUUGAUGGGGACACACUGGAAUAUGAAUAUGACUAUGAUGAGAAUGGCGAUAGAGUGAUAUUAGGGAAAGGUACUUAUGGAAUAGUUUAUGCUGGAAGAGAUCUUAGCAAUCAAGUCCGAAUAGCCAUCAAGGAAAUCCCUGAGAGAGACAGCAGGUAUUCUCAGCCAUUGCAUGAAGAGAUAGCGCUGCAUAAAUAUCUAAAGCAUCGGAAUAUUGUCCAGUACCUUGGUUCUGUCUCUGAAGAUGGAUACAUUAAAAUCUUUAUGGAGCAGGUGCCAGGAGGAAGCCUCUCUGCUCUUCUAAGAUCAAAAUGGGGCCCAAUGAAAGAACCCACAAUAAAAUUUUACACCAAGCAGAUUCUGGAAGGGCUUAAAUAUCUCCACGAGAACCUGAUUGUACACAGAGAUAUAAAGGGAGAUAAUGUUCUGGUGAACACAUAUAGUGGGGUGGUAAAAAUUUCUGAUUUUGGGACUUCCAAGCGGCUCGCAGGUAUCAAUCCAUGUACUGAGACAUUUACAGGCACUUUGCAGUAUAUGGCUCCAGAGAUUAUAGAUAAGGGGCCUCGAGGAUAUGGUGCACCAGCUGAUAUCUGGUCACUGGGUUGUACUAUCAUUGAAAUGGCAACAGGAAAGCCUCCAUUUCAUGAGCUGGGGGAGCCACAAGCAGCAAUGUUUAAAGUUGGGAUGUUUAAAAUUCAUCCUGAAAUCCCAGAAUCACUAUCUGCUGAAGCAAAGGCCUUUAUUUUGCUCUGCUUUGAACCUGAUCCGAAUAAGCGUGUCACAGCAUCUGAUUUACUCAAAGACCUCUUCUUAAAACAGGUGAACAAGGGCAAGAAAAACAGAAUUGCUUUCAAGCCAUUAGAUUAUAAUCGUAGUACGUCCCUCCCACUGCCAGUCCAUGGGGAACAGGCUGGCAGUAGCAGCAGUGAACAUGGCUCUGUCUCGCCAGAUUCAGAUGUACAGCAUGAUAUGUUCUUUGAAAAGACAAAGCGAUCUGUUUCAGAGAACCCAACGAAGCAUCCCAUUUCCCACUUAAGUGUUCCUGAUGAGAAUUCUGCCUUAGAGGAUCGGAGUGCUUCUUCUUCCCUGGAGGAUAGAGAUUCUGGUCUCUUUCUGCUAAGGAAGGACAGUGAACGCCGGGCAAUUCUGUAUAAAAUUCUUAAAGAGGAACAAAAUAAAGUUGCUUCAAACUUACAGGAGUGUCUCGCACAGAAUUCUGAAGAACUGCAACUUUCAGUCACCCACAUCAAGCAGAUAAUUGGGAUUUUAAGGGACUUCAUACACUCUCCCGAACACAGAGUGAUGGCAUCCACUAUAUCCAAGCUGAAAGUGGAUUUGGACUUUGACAGCACUUCCAUCAAUCAGAUUCACCUGGUGCUGUUUGGAUUUCAGGAUGCAGUGAACAGCGUAUUAAGGAAUCAUUUAAUUAGGCCUCAUUGGAUGUUUGCAAUGGAUAACAUAAUUCGCCGUGCAGUCCAAGCAGCAGUCACUAUUCUUAUUCCAGAGCUUCAAGCUCACUUUGAGCCAGCUUCAGAGACUGAAGGAGUGGAAAAAGAUGCCGAUGAAGUAGAAGAUGUUUGCCACCCAAUGGAACAAAAUGGAAAUGAGGAUCCCGUUGUCACAUCUGGAGUGAGCACACUCAGUUCUGUGGUGUCACAUGAAUCACAGCAGCAACAUCUUAAUCUGCAGCUAUCCAAACUUAAACAAGAGACAAACAGGCUUUUGGAAGUCUUGGUUCAGAAGGAGAGAGAGUAUCAAACCCUCUUACGGCAAACUCUAGAGCAGAAAACCCAAGAGUUACACCUGCUUCAGUUACAGUCCAAGCCUGCAGAAUUUCAAAGGCCUCCAGGAGCUCCUGUACAGAAUGUAGACCAGGAGCUCCUAGACUGGUUAAGACAACAAGGAGCUGACUCAGAUGCAAUUGAGAGGUUUGCUGAAGAGGAUUACACACUAAAUAAUGUCCUUAAUGAUAUCACUAAGGAUGACUUGAGAUACCUUCGACUACGUGGUGGUCAUCUCUGCAGAAUUUGGAAUGCAAUAUUAAACCACAGAAAAAUGGCUAAUAAGCCCUCAGAAACCAACAGUUAAUUCAUUCUCACAGUUGAGCAGGCAGAAAAUACAUUCCAAGUAAUCCUUAAAUUAUUAGAUUGUUGUAUAUCGGUCCUGCAAUUUUGCACAGCUAAAUGGCCCAUUUAUCAAUGUAACUUCAAAAUGUAAUGCACAGUGGACAUAAGUACAGCUUUCUUUAAGAGGGUGUUUGUGAUUUUUGCCCAUUAAUACCGGAUGUUGAAACUUCUGUAAAAUCACUCGCUAAUCUUACAAAUUAUUUGUAAAAAUUAAGUGCAUUAUUUAUGUAAUGCAUCUGUCAAUGUAAAUACAACUGCAGCUGAAGAAAACAGUUUGCUGUUUUUAAUAAAGCACAUGCCAUAUACCUAGAGCAGUCUAUUGGUUGAACAGUCUUGUAUUUAAAAUGCAUUUUAAUUUUAGAUACAUUGGAUUUUUUAGAAUGUAUUGUACAGUUCUGCUAUCAUGUGCACUGAUUAAUAAAUAUCAGCUAAAUGUAUAUAAGAUGGGGAAAUGUAUGUGGUUACAAGGGCACCUAGAACUUCUGAAUAAUUUUUUUAUAUUAAAUAUUGAAAUGUUUGCUCUCUCUGACUAGAGUUUUAUUUCCUUAAGCAGCAAAACCAAUUUAACAAAAUCAUAAACACUGAUUUGUAUAGUGUUAAUCCCAUCUUCAAGUUCUAUAAACUUCUGAGUUCCAAAGUAAAUCCUUAUUUCUCUUUCCAACUUAUUGAAAGAGGUGGGGCCUGACAAAUAGUAUGACCUCAUACGCAAAGCAAACAGGCAUGGUAGACCACGUUAGUGUGACACUUAAUAUAUUUAUAUCUGUACAUAACAUGAUUAUUAUUCAAAACAUUUAGAGGAGUAACUUUCAUAAGUAAAGCAAUCCAAAACCACCCACUG